CUCUGAGGCUGUGUGACAGGGAACUGGCAGGAGAAGAGUCACUUUUAAGAUGACACGAACAGACCCACCUGACAUCCUGGUGUCCACGGUGUACCAAGACAUCAAGGUGGCGACAGCAGCCCCUGGGGAUUCCGUUGUCUGUCAGCCCCUUGCACAAUGUGACGCCUCCAUGUCCUCCUCCCUGUCCCGCGAGCCGCAGCCCUUCAACAAGCGCCACUGUAGGAGUUUCGAUUUCAUCGAGUCGCUGGAAGAGCUGGGCACCCCCCCGGCCAUGGAGCGCGCCUGCCCGCGCCCCGGCAUGCCCGAGCCCACGCCGGGGCCGCCGGGCAGGCAGGCGGCGCCGCAGCCGGACCCUCACAGCGGCAGAGCCCCCGCGCCGCGGAGCGAGCCGAAGCGCCGGGCCCGCUCCAAGAGCGCCCCGCGGGUCAAGUCCACCCUGACCCCCGUGCCCAUCACCGUGGCGGCAUCACCGCCGCCAGCCCGGCGCGGGCGGGAGGUGCUGCGGGUGGCACGGGAGCCCUCCCACGCUGAUCCCUCGCCGCGCCGCGAGGCCCCGAUGCCGCUGCGGGCGCUGGCCAACGAGGUUCACCCCAUCAAGCUGCAGCCGCAGCGCAGCAGCGUCAGCCGCAUCUCCCCGCUCUGCCUGGGCAGCAAUUGCUACGAGGAAGGGCCGGGGGCUAAGGUGGGCGCCAGCCCCCACGUCAAGUGCCGAGUGGACAUCAAGCCAGACGAGGCAGUGCUGGUGCACACGGCGCGGAGCCUGAGGGCAGCCCCAAACCGCCCGGACCCGCCGCGCUGGCCCCGCACCCCUGGGGCCGCCCGCAGCCUGACCGUGCCAGGGAGCCGGCAGGCGUCCGCGUCCCGCACGCCCACCCCCAGCGACUCCUACAGCGGGGACCCUCCGCUGCUGCCCUACCCCGGUGAGUACUACGAGGCAGACCCCCGGGCACUGGCGUACCAGACAGUGCCGGUGCCAGCCUCACGGGAAUUCAGGGAGUACCCCGACAGGGGCUGCAUGACCUUUUCGGCCCCCGGCGUCCCCGCCAAGUUCUUCUACGCAGAGGAGGCAGCGCGGUGCCCCAGCCCUGCCAUGCCACUCCGCAGCUCUGGUUAUGCCAGCUACCCCUACCCCAGCCGCCACGCCGUGCCCCAGCCCUUCUACACCGAGGAACCCGCCAAGGCUGCUGUUCACACCAUGCCGCCCCGGACGUUGUACGUGGAGGAGGCGCGGGGUUACCCGGUGCAGGAGGCACCUGCCCGCACCUUCUAUGGGGAUGAGCCCCGCUACUACACCCCGCGCGGUACCCCUAUCAAAACCCUCUACGCCGAGGACGCUCGGACAUACCCAGCCCUGGGCUCCUCCGCCCGGCUGUUCUAUGCCGAGGACUACGGCAAGUACCGGGAGCGGGAGGUGCUGUCGCGGACGUGCCCGCCGCCCCGCAGCGCGCAGCCCCUGCACUUCGGAGACUGGUACUGCCCCGAGCGGGCCACGCUGCCCUACCAGAGCCUGCAAUUGUCACGCUUCACCCCGCAGCCGGCCGGCCGGGAGGCCAUGUUCUCCUCCUGGCACGCCAGCUACGGCGUGACUCCACCACGGCUGGGCCGGGAGACCCAGCACUACUCCAAAUCCUGGGAUAACAUCCUGGCGCCGGCAGCGCGCAGGGAAGAGGCCCUGCAGCGUGGGCGCAGCUAUGAGAACCUGCUCGCCCACGAACAGCACUGUGCCUUAUCCCCCGAGGAGCGCCGGCAGCCCGUGGUGAUCAACCUGUCGAGCUCACCCAAGCGCUACGCGGCCCUGUCCCUGUCCGAGAGCUCCAUCCUCGAGCGGGUGCACGCCGAUGGCAGCCGCGGGCCCCCAGGCCGCUCCUGGUACGUCACGCCGGAGAUCACCAUCACCGACAACGACAUCCGUGCCGACGGGCUGGGGCGCAGCGAGAGGCGCUCGGCCAGCUGGGACAUGCUGGACGCGGGGCGGGAGCGCGGGCCCUACGCUGUGCCCUGCGCCCCACAGCCCGUCCCCAGGGAGAGUGGCUCGGGGCGCCAGCGCAGCCUGGAGCAGCUGGACGAGCUUAUCACCGACCUUGUCAUUGACUACAAGCCAGCACCGGGUCACCGCGCCGGGGACAGGGACAGCCUCGCGGAGCAGCUCAAGCAGCUGCUGAGCAGUAGCACCUCGGGGCCCCCCCGGCGGGGCGAGGGCAGGCGGGUUCCUCACAACGUGCCCGAGGGACCCCGACCCACAAAAGAGCAGCCGGGCCCCAGCUCCCACGCCGACACCCCGCGCCGCCCACCCGCGCCGCCCGCCACCGGCCCCUUCGAAAAGUCACCGGAAAACUGCUCGCCCGACCUGAGCGCCGAGGAGGACGACAUGAUGAUGUGCUCCAAUGCCAAGUGCCGGCGCACGGAGACCAUGUUCAACGCCUGCCUCUACUUCAAAUCGUGCCACAGCUGCUACACCUACUACUGCUCCCGGCACUGCCGGCGCGAGGACUGGGACACGCACAAGGCCAGCUGCGUCUACGGGCGGGUGGGCAGCGUCUGCCGCCACGUCCUGCAGUUCUGCCGCGAGAACACCGAGGUGCACAAGGCUUUCUCGCGCAUCGCCAAGGUGGGAUACCUCUCCCGCGGCCGCGGCGUACUCUUCCUGGGCUUUCCCAAUGCGGGCUCGGCCGAGAACUUUCUCCAGUUUGGGCUGGAGAGCCUGCUGAUGUCCCCCACGUACCUGUCCCUGCGGGAACUGGACAGCUACUCGGACAACCUGGGGGAAUAUGCCCAGGAGCUGCGGGAGACAGGCAACCAGUACGACCCCAACGAAUGUUUCCUGCUGAAUGUAACCGUGGCCGUCACCCAGAAAGUGCCAGAGAGGCCGUCCCCGAAGAUGCAGGUGCCGACGGUCAGGAAAUACGCCAAGGUGGCCUUAGCCUCCUCCAGCCCCGAGAAGAAGAUCUUGAAGAAGGAGCGGGACAUGGAAACGUUGAUUCUGACGCCACCGCCCGGGACGGCGGACAUCGACAAGGAGGGGGAGGAGGGCCGGAAGGCACGGGAGGUUUGCUUCAUCAACAUCCAGCGGGAGCUGCGCAUCCGCGGCGUCUUCCUGCGGCACGAGUUCCCCGCUGUCUACGAGCAGCUCUGCGACUUCGUGGAGAGCAACAAGCGCUUCACCCCCACCACCAUCUACCCCAUCGACAAGAGGACGGGCAAACAGUUCAUGUGCAUGAUUAUGGCGGCCUCUGAGCCUCGCACCCUCGACUGGGUGGCCAGCCCCAACCUCCUGGACGACAUCAUGUGAACGCAGGGCGGGGGGCACCCCCUCUGCAGAUCCGUGCUGUCCUGUCAG